GCUGUCUUCGCGAUUUCCGUAAUCUCGACACUGGCACUCUCAGCUGUACUGCUUCAUAUGGUAUGGGUCAUAAUCAUCUCCUUGUUCAACAAUGGGGCAGGCAGAAGGCCCUCUCGGUCCGGGUUCUUCUUCAAGACACACCUCGGACAGUUUGCAGCGUGCUUGCUUGGCAGCUAUUUACUUAGCAGUAUCAGCGGUAUUCUGAGUGCGCGCUGGUUGAUGGACGGCGGGGUAACUCAAGGGACAUUAUGCAUUGCACAAGCUGUCCUGACCGGGAUGGGCGGUUUUGGCUCUGCCUACUUUAUCGUGGCUAUGGGUGUUCACACCUUCAAUACCCUCGUUCUCCGACACCGUCAGCCCAAUUGGUUAAUAGCUGCUUUCCUGAUGCUCGGACUGAUAGGAAUGAUUGCGAUUGGGCCCUCGUCUGCUUCGAACAUCAAGUCAGGUCCGGUGUAUGGGAGUGCUGGCGCUAUGUGUGCGAUCACAGAGUCCUAUCCGACAUUGAGGCUAAUUCUUCGACUGCUUCCGAUGUUCACUGCCGCGCUCCUUUCGACGGUCAUCUACUCGCUCAUUUUCCUAAUCCUCCGUGGGACCUUAGUUAUCAACGGAGGACUGAGGCUGAACUUGGACGCCCCGUCUCGGUGGACUACUCAUGACUCUGUGGAAGGAUACCAACGAUUCCUAAAUUCCAUUGCGCGGAGCAUGUUGUGGUACCGAAUCUCCUUCGUCUUGUUUCUUGUCCCAUCGUCCAUCAUCCAGCUCAUGGACAUAUCUGAUGUGCAUGUAUCAUUCGGAGUCUUGUCCUUUGCGUACAUCUUGGAGCUGUUGCUCGGUGUGGUAAACGUUAUUAUUCUUUACAACGUCUUGCGCGUACUGGGGCCAGCCAUCGGGACAUCCUCAUCUCCACCGCCGCGCUCUGACGUUGAAAGCUUCGGGUCCCCUGACAAUAGGUUAUCGCCGGUGGAAAAGCCAGCACUGAGACCCCUUUUCUUGGGGGGCGCCCAGCACUUUUCACCGCCGAAGAAGAGCUUUGAGAGCUUGAGGCGCGUUCCUGCCAAAUACGAUAGGACAUCUAUAAUAUCGUCGUCCUCUCUUCCUUUCACCCAUGAUAGACCUUGGGCCACCUCUCAUUCCCGCUCGUCUUCUUCCGCGCGUUUGCUCGCACCGCCAUCCAGGCUCGGGCACGCACACACUCUGAGUGCCGCAAGUUCAAUAUCAGUAGUGUCCGCCGCAUCUCUUCAGCACGCGAUCUCACCACAUAUCACGCUAGAUGAGGAUGUGUUGACUCCCCUCCCCCCUGCGCUCAUUCAACAGAAUCCAGUUGUCGUUCCCCAGCUUCAUAUAACAACAACACCACAAACUCGUGGUUUGACUGCCGCCCCCCGCAAGGACAUGACACCGUCCGGGGGGUUACCCAGACGAGCCACAAACAUUGUUCAUCGAUAUGCACCUAAUAUCGACUCACCUCGGUCAUCCAGCCCUUCGCCCAACCCUUCAGCACCCGCUGAAGGACCUUCAAUGCCAUCGCCAUCAGUUCUACCGGUGCUGUCCAUCCCCAUCUUGAUGAAAGGCUCUCCAGGUGAACAGGAUACCCCAAACGAAUCGCCAGCAGUUUCGAGCCAGCGAAGUCUCUCUUUGAUCAGCAUGUAUUAUUCCAGAUCCCUCGACAUGCCGGAUGAAAUGGUCCCCUCGAUUCCGACUAGAUC